AUGCUCGCCUUCCCCUCCGAGUCGUCCUUCUCAGCGGGAGCGCUGGUCAAGCGAGCCGGCGCUGAGGCCGUCGCCGCAUUUUGGGACAUGUCGAGUUACACCGCCGCGCAACAAGCCGAAAUGCGGAUCGACCCUUAUGAGGAUGCUCCUAAAUGUAAGCUCGGCGGCUGUCUUCUCGGAUUCCCAGGCUUGGCCCUAUUAUCAGAAGAAGAUGUUUGGGGAUCUUUUAGUGCUCAAUCGGGUGUGUGUGGUGCUUAUCUAUGGUCUGUGUUCAAAAUGUAUUCCCUUGACAGACACCCGAGCGGCGAUUUAUUUCAUCCUUACUGGGAUUGGCUUGGCUGCGAUUGGGAAUCUGUUCACCGUCUUGCGCCGGACUAGGUCAGUCCCUCUCCCUCCUUAUGUAUUAAACUUGAACUGAAUAUCCACUACGCCUUCCUCCCAUCUAGUCUCGGCCGCCGCAUCGCCGCGAACCGUGUCGUGCGCCGCUUCCGCGCGGGCUUUCGCUGGAUCGCCUGUUCCCAACCCCGGGCGAUCGGCUGGAUCCGCUUCCCCACCACAGGCACAAUCCUACUCAUCUCCUCCUUCUGGAUCUUCAUCCUCGUAUGGUCCCUCUCCAUAAAACCCUACUACCGUUCACAAUGGAACGUCGGCUCUCCACCCCUAGCGAUCCGAACCGGUCUUUUCGCCCUCGGCAUCUUCCCCUUCAUCCUCGCCUUUGGAGCCAAAUGGAAUUGGGUCAGCUUCGUCACGGGAUACAGUCAUGAGAAGUUGCAGGUCGUGCAUCAGUGGUUGUCGCAUUUGUUCUUGGUCUUGUCCUUGUUGCAUACGUUCCCUUUCGUGAUGGCGGGGAGGGAGAUUAGGCCUAAUACCGAUGGCAAGAACCCGCAUCAUUACUCUCAAAUUUGUCAGUGCUCGUUUACCUUAGUGCGCUCAUCCAUCCCCACGACCAUUCAGCUGACCCAUUCCCUUUCUUCCUUUGCUGCACAGACUACUCCGGUUGGGUCGCCCAUAAAGUCUUCUAUUGGUCCGGCAUCGCGGCCCUCAUUCCCCUCGCUUGGCUCUGCUGGGGAUCCGCCACCCCGCUCCGUAAUCGCUUUUACGAGAUCUUCAAAUACCUUCACUUUGUUUCGGCGAUCCUCUUCUCGGCUUUUUUCUACAUUCAUUGUCAUGGCGUAAGUUGGAUUGGGUUAGGCUUCCACAUGGCCGAUAGAUAGCUGAUGGGAUUCGACUGCUCGAUUCGGGACAGCUGCUGGGGUCUUGGGACUAUCUCUGGGCCACCGCGAUCCUCUGUGAGUCAUUGUUCGCCUGUAGCUCUUCCUUUUGCUAUCCAUCCACUCACAUACCACCGCCCACGCAGACCUCUCCUCCGUCGUCAUGCGCUUCGCCCUCCUAUUCGUGCGCAACGGCCGCUCAAUUCCCCGAGCGACCGUCGAGCUCCUCCCCGAAUCGACCGUACGCGUCCUCAUCUCUUGCCCACCGGGUCAUCGUUGGAAGGGGGGUCAACAUGUGUUCCUCAACUUCAUCAAGGCGCGGCCGCUUGAAAGUCAUCCGAUUACAGUCGCGAAUGCUCCUUGGUUGCAUCCCAAUGCCAAGGUCAGUCUUGCUUGAGAGCUGGGUGCUGCGCAUACCCUGAGGGUAGAGUCCAAUGCGCUGACUCUCCUCCAUCCCAUGUUUCCCAUCUAACGUCAGGCCGGGCCAAGAACUAUGAUGAUGCUUCUCCGCAUUUCCCCCCGCUCUGGCCUCGGACCCUCCCUCCUCGAACUAGCAUCCACCGGUUCCUCCACGCCCGUCCUCAUCGACGGUCCCUACGGUGGUCUCAUGACCUCGGAUCUAGGCGUGCACGAACAUGUCGUCCUUCUUGCGGGUGGGAGUGGUGUCAGUUUCGUAUCUUCGAUCUUGCAGGAUUUGUGUGAGAGGAAGGCGAGGAACUUUGAGGGGAUUGCGACGAGGAAAGUUGAGGUUCAUUGGGCGGUAAAGAAUGCAGGUACGUCAAUGGGAAGGCGACUUUAAUCGAGUUCACCCGCGACUUACGUUGGGUUUCAUCAUUUUGUUCGGACAGAGGCUAGCGCAUGGCUCGACGACCACUUCGCUUCCGUCGUCGCCCUCGUUCCCGACGAUUUCGUUCGCAUCCAUUUCUACGUCACCAAGUCCGCCAUCACCCUUGACGAGGUCGCCGAAGCCGCGAUAGUUCCCGCAGUCCCGUCGAUCACGGAGGAGAAAUCUGAGGAACACGAGUCGUUGAAUUCGAAAGGAUCUAUUACUUCCGGGUUCGUGCCUCGCACCCGCAUUUCAAGUUUAUUCUCGCCGUCCGCGGUAGCUAACCUCCUUUUCACCCACUUUCAUCUCAACAGCUCCUCUACCCCUCUCCCCUAUUUCACAAUCCACCGUGGCCGACCCCAAAUCCCUCUCCUACUCUCACAAAUCUUCCUAUCCUGCCCGUCCACCCAAUCAAUCGGUAUCGCCGCCUGCGGUCCCUCCGAGUUCACAAGCGCCAUUCGCAACGCUGUUGCCAAGAGGCAGAAGGAGAUCCUCCUUGGGGUUGCCAAGGGAGCUCAAGAGAUCGAUUUACACACUGAGGAGUUUGAUUGGUGA